CCCUGGCUUAGGGUCAUGUACACUCCAUUUUUUUGGCUGCUAUUGCUGGAGGUAGUGACCUCUGACUUUGAGAGAGGGGUGAUUGUUAAUGCACAUCUGCAGUGAGAACACUGAUCAACCUGCUGACAUUUUUUUGAGGAACAGUGGGUAAGGUGAGUUUAAUACAGAGAUAUGAGGAAAAGACAUUAUCAGCUGCAGACAACUGUGGAAAGAUGCAAACACACUCUAACUGUGACUAUCUGAGGCUGAGAUCCAUAGCAAAAGAGACAAACAAGUCUACGUCAUCUGACUGCAAGGUUGUAUUUCCUAAUCAUGAUUUAAACCCACUCAACCUCAACGCAGAGGACAGGUUAAAUGCUAAUACAUACAAAGGCAUUCUGUGUGACCACAUUCAUUCCCUGGUUGAACAUUUCUCUCUUGAUGGCUGUGGAAUCUUCCAGAAUGACAACAUCCGCAUCUGCUGGGCACACUUAGUCACCAAUGGCCUGAUGAGAAUAUAAAUGACUGUUCCAGUCAUCGGUUGUCAAACCAGUUGAGCAAGAUACACUUGAGCUAACAUUUUCUACGAACGCCAGUUUUUACUGGUGAGCUUCUGCUGAAGGAAUCGUGUCGCACCCCUCCAAUGCCAAGGAUCACAGAAGCAGUUCUGGUUUCCUACCUUCCUGUCUCUUUUAGUACCAUAUGGAACUGAGCCGUACCCGAGCCGUACUGCGACAAGUGACUAGUUACAGCGCGGUUCCAGCCCGUUUUGGUUUUCUACUGCAGAAGGGUUGGCCCGGUAAAAGCGUUGCUGAGUUUGGAGAGUGACAGUGAUGUAAAACAAAAGAGACAAUUGUUUUUCUGUUCACAUGGUAUGCAACAUUAUUUACUAUAUGCAGUAAUUGUUAUUAUUAUAAUUAUUUUGCUGUGUGCUAAUUUCACUAGCAUAUCUGUGAGAAUUGCUGUGUUACGUAAGCAUAAAAUGCUAGCGGAAUUAGGAUACGCUUGUGUAGAUUUGCAUUACAAGUCCAUUCCUUGCAGCUGUUCCAUAGUAAUUUUUAAUGUAGGAGGUUGGACCUUUUCAAGUUCCGAAUUAUGAAUGAAAUAAUACAUCACGAUGUGUGAAGCUGCUAAUAAUUAAAAAUAUAUAAAAUAUGCCAUUUUUUCCUUCUCAUAAUCAAUUUUUGUCGAUGCAGAACACUGGUGUCUACCCGCAUUUUGACCAAUUGGAUGGUGGAGACACAACCAGUCCGGUUUGGUUACAGUUUUGGCCCUGCUACUAAGCAGAACCAUGUCAGCACUGUUACAGGUCGGGUGCAGGUUGGGUACUAUUUUGUAGUAGAAAACUGUCAGUUUGUGGUAUUGGUCAGGAGUGGCUUGGUUCCUGCUGGCAGUGGAAAAGUGCCAAUAGAGAUAUCAAAUCUAUAAAUUUUCCGUAGGGCAAUAUCAUUGGUAUCCAAAUUGCACAUGACUUAGCCGUGGGAUUAGCAGACCUUCAAAGGGAUUCCAGUGAGUUAUCUUGUAUGCUAAGCAGGGAUGAUGGUAAUAAAUUUAUGGUCCUUAAAACAAACGUGACAUUAAGACAGCCAAGAGACAAGAUGGUUACACAGGAGAUCGCAGACAAAGCUUUAUUUGAACGGUCUUGUCUUACUAUUUCAAUCAAUACAGUGUCCCUGAAGAAAUGGAGUUUGCCUGUGGUUUUGUCUACGUUCCCCAACCAGCCAAUUUAAAAUCAGCCCAGAAACAAACUCCAGCUCCUCUGAAACGUUCACCCCUUCUCCCACCCCGACAUAAACCCCGGGCCCAUUCGCCCACUCCUCCCGCUCAUCCCCUGCCUCCCCCUCCAAAAACCGUGGAGGACCAGGCAAGAAAUGCCAGUGACAGUCCAGAGUGCAGGACCAGAGUACAUGUGCUCAGGGACACAACCAGCCAAAUGAGGGAGAAAAUGGACACGCCCACUUCACAGGUCCUGCCAUUAAAACCUUUGCAUGGAGAGCGAAAGAAAGCUCUCCUCCCACCAGUGAAAUUGCAGCUAGGGCGCCUCUCUCCACCCAUCUUUCUCUGUGGCCAAUCCAGAUUCUUUUUACCUCACGAGCAAAGACAGGGGGAUAGCCUGUGCAAGCAAGGAGAUAAGAGUGAAUCAGAGUCUGUUGACCCUGACUGCUCCUCCUUUCAUCAGACACCAGGGGGUGCCAGGGCUGAACCGAGACAUUCCCAGGAUAUUCCCGAGAUCAAACAACCAGACAAGCCAGCUUUUGUGCCCCUAGAAUCUUCGAGCUCGUUCGUCUUGAAUAAGCUUCCGGAAUAUGAGGCACUCAGUAACAAACACUCUUCCUUUCCUACAUCUGGCCCUAUGCCAUCACCACAUUCCCCAAACAGUCUAUCUGAAGUUCUGUUGGACAAGCAACUUUUGCCAGGGAACCCAAAUGUGAUUCUAGUCGCAGUGGGGAAAUUAGUGACUGAAGAAAAUGUCAACACAAUAGAGUGUGAGCCUACAGCCUGUUCACAGUGUGGGUCAGCAAGGGAGUCCCUUUAUGACAAUAUGGUGGAAAACUGCUAUUUCUGCCAGUCAUGGAAAUCUUCUCAAGAUUAUUGUGCUACAGCGGAAUGUCAAGAUUUUCUAUUUCCCCUGACCCCUGAGCCUAAGCCUCCAACUGACCCACUACUUAUUUUCGGUAUCGAUAUCUCAGGGUCAAUGACUGUUACAUCGCAGAUUACUGAAGAUGGACGGGUAACAUGCAAGUCACGGCUGCAGUGUGUGCAGCAGGCGGUCCUGCAUUGUGUACAGUCCCUAAGUAAGAGAGAGCCAAGCACCAGAGUAGGACUCAUCACAUUCAACAAACAGCUAUACCUGCACGGAAAUGGCAAGGCCACCACUCAGUUCCUCUACGGCGCCCAGCUGAUGGAUUGUGCUCUCCUGCAAGAGGCGGUCUCCAGCUUCCCGGACCCAGCCCCCCUGGCAGAGAGCAGGUCGUGGCUAGAGAAGGAGGUCCAAAGUCUGCAUUCAGUUUUGCAGCUGCCCUCGUUGCCGUUGAGCCUGGAGAAAACUGGAGACAAGGCUCUUGGUCCUGCAGCCCUUGCUGCCAUUAUGAUGGCGUCCCGGCAUCCAGGGUCAAGGGUGGUGAUUUGCACAGACGGCAAGGCUAACACCCAGCUGGGGAACCUCAACGUUCCUGAGACAGACUGUCGCUCACUUGUGCCCUCCUCCAUCUUCUACCAGGACUUAGGAGAGUUUGCUGCUAAUCAGGGGAUCACAGUGUCAGUGCUGACCAUAGAGGGGACAGACUGCCGGUUAGAUGAACUGGGAAGACUUUCUGACUUGACUGGUGGAAAUGUCACGAUUGCUAGUCUGAGUGGCCUUUGCACUGCAUUUGAGUCAGUGCUGGAGAGGAAAGCAGUUGCCACGCACUGCACUGUCACCUUGCUGCUCCCAACUGCUCUGUCUGUGAGAGGAGAGAGGGAGGCUGGUCACAAGGUCAUUAGGCAGGUGGGGAAUGUCUUUUCAGACACAGAGAUCACCUUCCAGUUUGAAGCAAAGGAGCAAGACACGGCAACUUUGCUCUCUGCCAGCAAAGUGUGGGCUGAGCUACAGAUACGGUAUCGGAGUACGGAUGGCAGAACGGCACUCAGAGUGCUGACAGUCAACAGGAGGGUGACAGCAGACAGCUCACAGGUCCUGUCCUCCCUCUCUCUCCCUAUUCUUCAGCUCAACUUAUCUCAGUCCAGUGCUGCCCUGGCGGUGAGAGGGCGCUAUAAAGACGCACAGAGAGAAGGAGAGACACAAGCAAAGCUUAUGGAAAUGUUUCUAGAUUAUGUGAGAAGUGUUGAGGAAGAACAGAAGCACAGACAAUGGGUGGAAAUCAUGGAUCCCAUCUUUAACAGCAUUGAUAUCUACACGAGGGCAAAACCUUCAUCUAUGUCAGAUAUACAGGCUCUCACAGACGCGGGUGCGGUGCUGCUUUUCACCAUGAAGAACGGCUCCCGGACGUCGGCGCUGCCCAGAAGCAUGGUGCUUAUGGCUCCAGAGCGGCCGGGCAGCUGAUGAUGAGAACCAGGGUCCAGCUGAAAUGGCCCAGGCCUUUCUGCUAACUAGUCACAGAUCCACGUUGAACACCCCCUCCUGCCUGGGACAGCCGGCAUCCUCCAUCUCACCGGAGCUCUUGGGGCUCCCUGUCCCUGGCCUCCCCAGCUGCCCCCGUCUCUCUCCCAAACCCUCCGCCUCCAUCUUUACACUCCUCUCUCUCCAUGAGAAAAUGAUGGUUAAUUAACUGCGGGCUAAUUGUUGCCUCCUAACCAAAUAAACUGUCACAGCAAGCAAAA